UAAGGAAGUAACAGGCGGGGCAAAGGUCUCUGUGGUUGUACAAGGCCAAAAGGAGAAGCAGCUAUUUACUUAGUCACUUGCCAAUAUGAAAGGGCUCCAGCGAUUACAGAAGGAGGACAUGGUUAAGAAUUAAAAGUCAACACCACAGGAAUAAAGUUAAUACUGGACUACGUCAGCCGUGGCACGAGGACAUUCACUGCCAACACACCAGUGGCAGUACUGAAAAUAGAAACUUGAAGGGGAGCUUCAGACAACAAAGGAGUUCAACAAGCUCAUUGUGUGGGUGUAGCUCAAUGAACAAUGAUGAAGCUUUUAUCUUGUAAAAUCACCUCAGUCCACUUGCUGCUGUGUGUCUUCCUCAGCCUACUUUUGGGUGUCACUGACUCCAGCACAAACUCAUCAACGGACGAAACACAGAAAACAACAGUGACAAAAGCCACAGAAGCAAUGAAAACCACUCCUCAUAACUCAGAGGAGUUCAAAUCAGUUGGACAAAAUGAGACCAGUAUAACUCUGCAGUGGAAGAAAGUGAAUGGCAUCCUCAACUAUGUACUUGAGUUCAAUGGAAAGGUGAUAAACGUCACUGCAUCGGAGAGACAAGAACACGUGACACAUACAAUCGUAGAACUCACAAGUGGGACUAAAUACGAUUUCAGUCUCUUCACUGUGUUUGAAAAUGUAACAAGUGGUGGAGUAAACAUCACUGCAGUCACUGCUCCUCGUAACUCAGAGGAGUUCAAAUCAGUUGGACAAAAUGAGACCAGUAUAACUCUGCAGUGGAAGAAAGUGAAAGAAGCCCUCAGUUAUAUCAUUUUGUUCAAUGGAAACGAGAUAAACGUCACUGCAUCAGAGGGACAAGAACAUGUGACACAUACAAUCAUGGAACUCACAAGUGGGACUAAAUACGAUUUCAUUCUCUUCACUGUGUUUGAAAAUGUAAGAAGUAGUGGAGUAAACAUCACUGCAGGCACUGCUCCUCAUAACUCAGAAGAGUUCAAAUCAGUUGGACAAAAUGAGACCAGUAUAACUCUGCAAUGGAAGAAAGUGAAUGGCAUCCUCAGCUAUAUAAUUUUUUUCAAUGGAAGCAAGAUAAACGUCACUGCAUCAGAUGGACAAGAACACGUGACACAUACAAUCGUAGAACUCACAAGUGGGACUAAAUACGAUUUCAGUCUCUUCACUGUGUUUGAAAAUGUAAGAAGUAGUGGAGUAAACAUCACUGCAGUCACUGCUCCUCGUAACUCAGAAGAGUUCAAAUCAGUUGGACAAAAUGAGACCAGUAUAACUCUGCAAUGGAAGAAAGUGAAUGGCAUCCUCAGCUAUAUAAUUUUUUUCAAUGGAAGCAAGAUAAACGUCACUGCAUCAGAUGGACAAGAACACGUGACACAUACAAUCGUAGAACUCACAAGUGGGACUAAAUACGAUUUCAGUCUCUUCACUGUGUUUGAAAAUGUAAGAAGUAGUGGAGUAAACAUCACUGCAGUCACUGCUCCUCGUAACUCAGAAGAGUUCAAAUCAGUUGGACAAAAUGAGACCAGUAUAAAUCUGCAAUGGAAGAAAGUGAAUGGCACCCUCAGCUAUAUCAUUUUGUUCAAUGGAAGCGAAAUAAACGUCAUUGCAUCAGAGAGACAAGAACACGUGACACAUACAAUCAUAGAACUCACAAGUGGGACUAAAUACGAUUUCAUUCUCUUCACUGUGUUUGAAAAUGUAAGAAGUAGUGGAGUAAACAUCACUGCAGUCACUGCUCCUCGUAACUCAGAGGAGUUCAAAUCAGUUGGACAAAAUGAGACCAGUAUAAAUCUGCAAUGGAAGAAAGUGAAUGGCACCCUCAGCUAUAUCAUUUUGUUCAAUGGAAGCGAAAUAAACGUCACUGCAUCAGAUGGACAAGAACACGUGACACAUACAAUCAUAGAACUCACAAGUGGGAAUAAAUACAAUUUCAGUCUCUUCACUGUGUUUGAAAAUGUCAGAAGUAGUGGAGUAAACAUCACUGCAGUCACUGUUCCCACAAUGGUGGCUUUGGUCAAUGUGACUGAACGCUCUGUUACCAGCAUAACCCUGCAGUGGAAUGUGGAUGUGGGGAAAAACUGGAACUACAUUCUUCAAAUUAAUGGGGAAACCUUUCAAGUUCACCAAGAUGGAUCCUUGAAUGUUGUGUCACAGUCAUCGCAAUCUCUCCAGCCUGGAACAGAGUAUGCAUUCAGCGUGACCACGGUAUUCUCUGGACUCAACAGCACUCCUUAUAAAGGCUUCAUAGUGACAGCCAUAGACUGUACCAAUGUGUCCUGGCAUGUUACUAACUCAUCGAUCCAAGGAGUGAUUGAAGGCUUGUUCUCGAAUGCAACAGCCACUAAUAAAUCGGAAACUCAUGUUAGUCCUGGAGGUCGCAAUGUGUCAUUUUCUGGUCUUUACCCCGGUGCAACCUAUACAGUGUCUCUUGUGUAUGAAAGAAAUUCCACACGCUUUCAACAGUGUAGCCACAAUCUGACAAUCAUUCCUCCAGAUUUAAGUGCUCACUGUGAGUACUGGGCAGCUGGCUACUCUGUCUUUAUUGUCUGGAAUAAGCCGGCUGGAGUGUGGACUUCAGUCGAGGUUAAUGUGACUGGGAAAACUCAUAAAGUGGAAAAUGGGGAACAGCAUAUCAAAAUAUCUGGAUUCCUACCUGCCAGAACAUAUGAGGUGUCUUUAGCUUCACUGUCUGGGACCGUCAGGAGUUAUAAACCAAUUGUUUUUUCAUGUCCUACCGAUCCAAGAGGAGUCAUUGCAGGGUCAGUUUUUGCUGUGCUUCUUUUUUGUCUCCUGGUUGGUCUGAUUGUCUUGAUUAUGCUUAAAAGACCAGAUAUCAUCAGCAGAAGAAAGUUGUUCAUCGGUGGUUCCAUACUAUCUAAUAAAAAGUGCAUAGCUAUUCCGGUGACGAAGUUUCCAGACCACUUCUACCAAUUAAGUGCAGAUGAGAACAGAGGUUUCAGUGAGGAAUAUGAGAAUCUCAUUCCUGUUGGCACUGAGCAGACACGCAAGGAAGCUGUUCUACCUGAGAACAAAGCGAGGAAUCGUUUCAACAAUGUCCUGCCAUAUGACUGGUGUCGGGUGAAGCUAACUACAUCAAAUUCCAACGGGACCUCCGACUACAUUAAUGCCAAUUACAUGCCAGGCUACAACAGCAACAGAGAGUACAUUGCCACUCAGGGUCCUCUGCCCUCCACAGUCAAUGAUUUCUGGAGGAUGAUCUGGGAACAAAGAGUGAAACGCAUCGUCAUGGUUACCAACUGCACUGAGGGAGGAAGGACUAAGUGUGAACAAUACUGGCCUGCUGAUAGCAGGCCUUGCCUUCACGGAGAGCUGUUGGUCACCAUCACGUCUGUGCAGCAGGAGCCCAACUGGACAUUGAGGGAAUUUAGGAUGAAACAUAGGAACACCUCAGAGGAGCGCACGGUGAAACAUUUUCACUUCACUGCCUGGCCUGACCAUGGCGUCCCACAGGGCACAGAAGUCCUGAUCCAGUUCAGGGGACUGGUGAGGCAACAUAUAGAGAAAGAAGGGACUGGAGCACCGACUGUAGUGCACUGCAGUGCUGGAGUGGGGAGGACAGGCACUAUCAUCGCCCUAGAUGUGCUGCUCCAGCAGCUAGGGAAAGAAAGAGCAGUGGACAUCAACGGUUUUGUGCACAAGAUGAGACUGUGUCGACCAUACAUGGUGCAGACAGAGUCCCAGUAUGUUUUCCUGCACCAAUGCAUCAUGGACAGUCUGCAGGCACACGACAAGCUUGAAGAGAACAUAUAUGAGAACUCAGACAUGAUUUAUGCUAAUGCCACUGCACUCCGAGAGUUUCACUCAAAUACCUAAACUAAACAAGAUUGUGCACUUCAUGACAAACUAAUUCUUAAGUCUACAUACUUUGUAUAUUGUUAUAAAGUGUAAAUAUGAAAAACAUUUGAGCCUUAUAUAUUUAGUGUAUAUGCAUAGUUUCCCUUUUAUAUGCAAAGUGGGUAUUAUUAUCAUCAUCAUCAUCAUCAUCAUGCGAGGGAACAAUACUCCUGCUGACCAAAGAAUGUUUUCAAAUUGAAUUUAUUUAUAAGAAAUGUAGGUAGAUAAGUAUGUUUUUUUAUUUGUACAAGAAAUAAAGUAUUUUUAGUAACAAAAUCACCAUAAUGUGGUUUUAAAAAUCUGCAAACGAGAUGAAAAUGCUGCCAAAGUGACAUGAUAACAGCAACUUGCCUCAAACUGUGUAUAAGUCUUGCAUUAAAAGCUGGGAUUUGG